CUUCAUGUUUGCUGUGAUGGGCUGGCAGUAGGGAGUCCCUACCUAGCUAGGAUUGUUCGCUCUCUUGUGACUGCAUUCCAUCCGACGGCUGGAUGUUCAGCCAAGUACCUGGACGCUAAGACAUAACGGAGAAAAGAAGAGAAGACAACAUUUAAAGGUCCUUAUACUUGUGCUAAGAGACUAAGUAGCUCGAGAUGAACUCUAGAGCUAUCUACUGUAGCUAGCUAGCUAUCCUUCCCGUACCAUCUUUCCAAUUCGUAACAGCUGAACCGUCAUUCCGGAAGGCCGGGUACAUGGGUGGGGAUUUAACUUUCCUUGUAAAACGUGUGGACAUUGUUAACUGCGAACAACGUCUAAUUCACACUUGCUAGAAUGGAUUCGUCUUUGGGCUUCAGAAUUAGUGACGAAAAAUGCUUAGCAACAGUCAGAGGACAUGAGCUGCGGGCUGGGCAGAAGGAGCCCAGGCUACUGUCCCUGAUUGAGCGCUCUGAAGAGUUUAUCUUGGGCGUGUUGGCUAACCCUGAAGCUGUAGUGUCCAGUCCUGUGCCUCAGUUGUCCAUACCCAUUAACAGUCAGUUCCACAUAGUAAGAGAGGCGGAGGAAGCUCUACUCAUUGACAUACCAGUUGAUACUUGUAUGCGGAUACGAGUGCGUGGAGAGCGAGCCCCGGAGCUGCUGCUGGAGCUGCUGGACGAUGAGCGCAGCCAGGCCUUCCUGUCCCAUGUGACCAGGGCCAAGCAGCGCGUUGAGUCCAAAACCUCGUUAUCCAGAGCAAUGGAGCCUGUUGUGCCAGCUCCCAGUAAGCCCUCGGCCCCCAUCCCUCCUCAAAGAGGGCUCCACAAGGCUGCAAAUUCCGUGGUCUCUGCAGCCCACCCCCCCAAACCUCCCAGUACACUGCCUCCUAACCUGAACAACAGCACGACAGCCAACCAUGCAAGCACAGCAGACAGACGAGACCAGGCUCUCUCCUUGGCCACAGACUUUGGCUUUGAGAACAACUUUAAGAACUCCCUCAAGGUGGAGGAGAAGAAGAACCAGCAGAAUCGCAUCGUCGCUCCCAGGGAGCCUCCCCCCGUUCCCCCUCUCCCUCCACGCAAGGCCUCCAUCAACCCCCCUAACCCUCCCCCACCCGUCCCGAGAGACAGGGCUCCGACCGUGCAGGGCAAAGACCUCAUCACACCCACCAAACAAGAAAUCAGGCCGGUUGAGCGCAGCGAGAGGUCCCAGUCUUGGAGUGACAGCCCCACCACCAACACCAUGAGGCAGGCCAUGCUGUCCAGCCAGGCGGGCCAGAGGGAGUACCUCAUCAAGCACCGCCUGGGGAAGAAGGAGAAGGAGUACGUCGACAUCCAGGAGUUCAGGUUCUUCACUGGAACGUGGAACGUGAACGGCCAGUCCCCAGACUGCAGUCUGGAGCACUGGCUGUGUUGUGACCCAGACCCGCCGGAUGUCUACGCUCUGGGUUUUCAGGAGCUGGACCUGAGCACAGAGGCAUUCUUCUAUCUGGACUCGUCCAAGGAGCAGCUGUGGGUGGAGGCCGUGCAGAGAAGCCUGCACCCCAAAGCCAACUACAAGAAGGUCUCUACCAUCAGACUAGUGGGGAUGAUGCUGGUGGUGUUUGUGAACAAGUUGCACAAGAAUCACAUCAAGGAUGUGGCGAUGGAGCAUGUGGGAACCGGAAUCAUGGGGAAAAUGGGAAAUAAAGGAGGUGUGGCGGUGCGGUUUGUGUUCCACAACACCAGUUUCUGUUUUGUCAACUCCCACCUCGCGGCUCACGUGGAGGACUUUGAGCGGAGGAACCAGGACUACAAAGACAUCUGCGCCCGAAUGAGCUUCCACCUCCUGGACUACCCUCCCAUCAGCAUCGUCAAACACGAUGUGGUGAUCUGGUUGGGGGAUCUGAACUACCGUCUGUUUGUGUACGACGCUGCUGAGGUGAAACAGCUCAUCGCUCAGAAAGAGCUGAAGAAGCUGCAGGAGUACGACCAGCUGAAUAUCCAGAGGCAGACCAGAAGGGCCUUCACAGACUUCAUGGAGGGGGAGAUCAACUUCAUCCCCACCUAUAAGUACGAUGCCAAAACCGACCGCUGGGACUCCAGUGGGAAGUGCCGUGUCCCGGCCUGGUGUGACAGGAUCCUGUGGAGGGGCAGCAACGUGAAGCAGAUGCAUUACCGCAGUCACAUGGAGCUGCAGACCAGCGACCACAAGCCUGUCAGCUCCCUGUUCAAUAUAGGGGUGAAGGUGGUUAACGAGCAGCGCCACAAGAAAGUCUUUGAGGAGAUUGUGCGCAUGAUGGACAGGAUGGAGAACGACUUCCUGCCGUCUCUGUCGCUGAGCCACAGAGAGUUCACCUUUGAGAACAUCAAGUUCCGGCAGCUGCAGAGAGAGCGCUUUGUGAUCACCAACGACGGCCAGGUCCCCUGUCACUUCCUCUUCAUCCCCAAGCUCAACGACACCCAGUACUGCAAGCCCUGGCUCCGGGCUGAGCCCAGCGAAGGCUUCCUGGAGCCCAACGAGACCCUGGAGAUCUACCUGGAGGUGUACGUCAGCAAGGACUCGGUCACGCUGCUCAACUCUGGAGAGGACUCCAUCGAGGACAUCCUGGUGCUCCACCUGGACCGGGGCAAGGACUACUUCAUCACCAUCUCCGGCAACUACCUGCCUAGCUGUUUCGGCACCUCGCUGGAGACCCUGUGUCGCAUGAAGAAGCCCAUCAGGGAGAUCCCCAUCACCAAGCUCAUCGACCUGGGAGACGACAGCUUCAUGGAGAAGGAGAGGUCCAAGGUGAGCUUCCUCAUGGUGGACAGUGCUGGGCCUGAGGACAAGCCCCUGAAGAUCCCCAAGGAGGUGUGGCUACUGGUCAACCACCUCUUCACCAAGUCCUGCCAACAGGAGGACCUGUUCCAGACCCCGGGCCUGCAGGAGGAGCUGCAGAGCAUCAUUGACUGCCUGGACACCAGCAUACCAGACUCCAUUCCUGGUUGUAACCACUCGGUGGCCGAAGCCCUGCUCAUCUUCCUGGAGGCCCUGCCUGAGCCUGUGUUGUGCUACGAGCUCUACCAGCGCUGCCUGGAGUGCUCUCACGACAGCCGACUUUGCAAACAGCUGAUUUCCCAGCUGCCCCGAGCGCACCGCAACGUGUUCCGCUACCUGAUGGCUUUCCUCAGGGAGCUGCUCAAGUAUUCACUCAACAACAACCUCACUGCCAGCCUCAUAGCAACUCUUUUUGCCAGCCUCCUCAUCCGACCCCCGCCCAAACUAGUGGCCCGACAGACUCCCCAGGACCGCCAGAGAGCCAUCGACUUCAUCCUGGGCUUCCUCAUGGCGGGAGACGAGGAGUGAGGGAGGACGGAUGGGGGGGGGGGGGGGGGGGGGGGGGUCAUAGGUCGGGAAGGGGUCAGACAUAGCCCGUGGCUUGUGGCUCAGGUGACCUGAAUGGGACUUCUAGGACAUGAAGCGCGUGUGUGACUGUCAUUUGACACUCUCGGUGACAGUGGCGGGAGGACAGUACUUUGGAGCCUCUCUCUCUCUCACAGACUGUUGCGGCAUCCAAGACCUGAAACUCAGUCAAACCUGGCAGCGUUCUUGAGACCCUCUCCUCCCUCUGCCUGCUACUGCUCACUGUGCUCCUGCUGGACCCACGCUCCUCCAGACCCAUCCCUAGGCCCCCUGUGCUGCCCCAAUGGACCUAGACCUCUUAAAUACGGAGUCACUUGUCCCUAAAUGACCCCCCUUCUCCCUGUAACCUAUAUACCCUCAGUGGGAUGUUUCAUGCCAAAACUCAAAAACACUGUCCCAAGGUUGUAUGAAUGUGAGAAGGGGUAGGCUAUUGCUGCAUCCUUCGAAGCUCAGCGAAUGAUAAUUCACUACACUAAAGAGAGGAGACUCCCAGAUGGCCAUUCAGAAUUAUUAUCAUGGAACUGUCUAAUGGAUCUCCUUUAAAUGUUUUACCCUGGGCUACUCUUCUGUACGCAAUGAUGUUGGAAGGAAGAAAAUCCAGAUUCAAUUUGAUUGGGUGUUCUAAAGAUAUCCAGCCAGGGUAGAUGGACUUUCCCCUCAUGAACAAAAAAUUGACAAUCGGGACACUUGGGAGAAGUCAAACCAUGUUGAGAUGUUGAUUUUCAGUGGGAUAUCCGCUGUAGUAAUAACAGUUUAAUGUUAUUUAUUUUUCUUCCUCUACUAUUUUUGCAGCAUCUUUAUAGUUUUAAUUUCUUACUCUGCUUAAUGAGGUUUACUUCAUAUUUUCUCUUCUAAAAUACCCUGUUAUCGAUAUCCUUUUGGCAUCUUAACACUCAUACUUUUAAAGUCAUCAUGUAACACAAGGUAAACAUAUGCCCUAGUUCUAUGUUACUGUACCGUGAGCCUUAUGAGUUAGGAAAUAAUGGAAGCGUAUUCUGUUGAGGUGUUUUACAACUGUGAUCCAACACUCCAUCACACUAAAUCCCAGUCGGCAAGCGCAGAGUGACGAGUCAUCACUGCCGCGUCCAGAUGCUGUUUCUUAAAUGUAUAGAAUCCUUCACAAAGCGAUGAUCUCGAUGUCUUAAUUGGUGUGUGUAUAUAUUGUGACCAUUGUCCCUAUUAGACCUCUGUGGGUGUUUGACUCUGCUGUUGCCUCUUGCUGUGAUGGUGCGAUGUGUGUCCUUGUGUCUUUAGAAUGUGUCAUAUGUUCAUCAUGCAGGUGGUACCCUAUCUGUGUGUAUGUGUGUCUUCAUGUGUUUGUUUACAGCUUUUCGCUUCCUGCUGCCUCCUGUGCUAUAAACUGAGCCUUUCGUACACGUCAACGCUUUU